UACUUCGAGGGCACGCAGGAGUUGGCAUUGUUAUUAGGAAAUAUGUUCCGGGCAUCCUUCCCAAAGUUCUACCUUAAGUAUGAGGCAGCAUUUAAAGCUGGGAAGUGGACUGUUGCAGACCCGGGGCCCUUCCUGGGCCGAGCAGUGGUUUGGAAGCUCGACGUGAUGCCUCACCAAGAUGGUUUGGAUGAGGGCCCCACUGCAAUAUUCCCCAUGGGCCGCUUCACUGGAGGUGAAUGUUACCUCACAGACUUAAAGCUGAAGCUCAGCUACCACUGUGGAGAGGUCAUUAUAUUGAUGGCCGGUGCAUUAUAUCAUGCAAUAGGAAAAUGGGCUCCCCUGCAAGGGUUCUCUGAACACGGCGUUACGCCAGGCCGAGUAGGAAAUGUUUUU